AUGGCCACCACCCCCAUCAACGACGCCGCUCCCGUGCCUGUCCCUCCUCAACAGCCUUCCUCCACCAACAAAGACAAUGCUUCUACAGAAGCAUCACAACCAGAGCAACAACCCUCUCAACUCACGCCCACAACUACAACUACCUUCACGCACGCCCUCCCAGCACCGUUCAACACGCCCUCCUCCUCAUCAACGCCAGCACCCACACUAAUAACCCAAGGCGCGGAAGCACUGCUAUACCGCACCACAUUCCUCACAGCCUCGACACCUGCGGCGCUGAAAUUUCGGCCUUCAAAACCCUACCGACACGCGACGCUCGACGCACGCCUGACGAAACAACGUGUGCUCGCAGAGGCGCGCGUUCUGGUGAAGCUCGCUAGCCUGCGCAACGAUCCCACGAACGAAGUCAACGUGCCGGCCGUGUUGGCGCUCGAGUGGGAUGUCGCGCGCAAGGUUAAGGGAGGUGGGGGAUUAGGGCAGCGUGGAGGUGGUGGUGGUGGUGGGAAGGAAGGACAGGUGAAUGGUGCGAGGGGCGGGGCGUGGUUGUUGAUGGAGUGGAUUGAGGGGGCGUCAGUGAAGGAUCUACUGAGGGGGUUUGACGGCUGGGUCGCGGGGUUGAAGGGGCGGGUGGAAAAGACGGAUGGGGGAGAUGCGGUCGAGGACGAUGCGGUGGUGAAGAGGCGGAAGAUCCAACAGCAGCAAGAGCACGAGGAAGAGAACAUCAAAGCCCUGCUCCGCCGCAUCGGCCGCGCCGUUGGAGCCCUGCACUCCCAGGGCGGCGUCAUCCACGGUGAUCUGACGACGAGUAAUAUCAUGAUCCGCCCAUUGUCCUCGUCGUCACCGAGUUCCUCUCCUCCCAGUACUUCCUCAUCUUCACUACCACCAGACCUCACAGGCGCGAUCUAUUUGAUCGAUUUCGGUCUGGCGACGCAGUCGAUGCAGGACGAAGACCGCGCUGUCGAUCUAUACGUGCUGGAGAGGGCGUUUGGAUCCACGCAUCCGCGUCAGGAGGACUGGUUCGACGCUGAGGUGCUGCAGAGCACGGACGGGUAUCGUGGUAGCUUUAAAGGGGCGGGCGUUGUUUUGAAGCGGUUGGAGGAGGUUAGGCUCAGGGGCCGGAAGAGGAGUAUGGUUGGUUAG